AUGGCGUCUCCUGUAACAACUUCGGCCACCACUCAUGACCCAUGGCUCAUUGCCAGGGACCGCUUCGUAGAAAAACUUGAUCGUGCAGAGCGGGCACUAUUUAAUGAGGCUACACCAGAGAAUCUCUACUACAAAUCCAGCAAUAUCCAGAAGGUCGAUCAGAAAAACAGCAAAACUCGAGCGGUUUUGAGGUCUCUUGGGCCUUUGACGAAAUCAAUUCAAGAUUAUGGCGCGGCGAUGGAUACUUUCAGUAACAUUGCUCCAUUAUAUCUUGCUCCAAUAUGGGGGAGUCUUCGAGUUAUACUUGUUCUGGCUAGCAGCCAUGGAAAAUUUUACGAUCGAAUAAUAGACACUUUUGCUCGCGUGGGAGAUAUACUUCCCCGAUUGCGCGAUUACCAAGCAAUUUUUGACCAGGAGAAACAUCCAAAGUUUACACAGACAUUGUCAGCAGCAUACCUCGACAUAAUAGUUCUUUGUUCAAAGUUCAAAUCCAUACUGAAUGGGCAAAACUCUUCCUUCGUAAAGCGUCUGACAUCUCCCUUGUCCACAUCUCAUGGAGCGCAACUUGACAAUGCUGUGCAAACAUUUAGAGAGCACCGUGAAGCGGUUGAAAUUGAAGCUCAGAUGUGCCAUUAUAUUGAAGCCAAAGAGUCAAGAGAACUUGAAUUGAGAGAAAGAAUUCGGAGCAAAGAACAAGAACGAAGAGACAGGCUACGAAAGAUCAUCUCUCAAAUGGCCACAGUUGAUUGCAGAAACAAGCAUCGUCGACUGCAGAAGGUACGGCAUCAUGGAACUGGGAGCUGGCUAGCCCGCAUGGCCGACUUCAGUAAUUGGAGAACCCAGAAAAAGUGUUCUGUCAUGUCAUGUUAUGGUAUCCCUGGCUCCGGCAAAUCGGUCUUGGUUUCGAGCCUUAUAGACGGCUACAAAAUGGCAUUUCCUGCCGAAACUGCCAUUUCCUAUUAUUAUUGCGACUAUGCCGACAAGAGAACACUUUCCCCGAAUGGUCUGUUUAGUUUCAUUUCUCAGAAUUUAUUUCGUGACAUGAAUGAGAUUCCUGAAACUUUGAUAGCCAUCCUCGAGGCUGAAUAUUCAGAUGAAGCAUCGUCACCUAGCCUAGAUCAAAUAGUCGAUUUGCUGAUAAAAGCGAUAGACAAGCUAUCAAGUGUGGCUAUUUUUAUUGAUGGUCUAGACGAACUGCCUGAGUCCGAUCGAAAGCUUACUUUCGAAAUCUUGAGAAAGAUCCUCAAUGAGGUAACAUCUCCAGUCAAGUUAUCUGUUUCCAGUCGCGAGGAUGUUACUUAUCUUUUUCAAUCUUCAUCCGGUCUCACAACUUUCAAAGUGCACCUUCAAACGAGUUUUAUCUCUCCAGAUAUUGAAGCGUAUAUCAGACAUGCUAUUGAUGAGCUGAUCACGUCUGGCGGCCUAGUGCUGGGUAACUUGGCUCUUGGAGAGGAUAUCUUCAACGUUCUCAGAGAUGGUGCAAAAGGAAUACCAUUGCACAUGGAUGAGCUCCGGGAAGCUAUAGCUUUCACUGCUGGCGAUAAAUCAUGGGAUGCUACGAGGAUACCCAAUGACCUUCGAAGAUUAAUUAGAGCUUGCGGAAAUCUUAUUGUGAUUGAUGAAGACACCCUAGAGGUGCAUCUUGCGCACUAUACAGUUGAACAGUACAUUCUAAAUUCGCAAAAUUCCGAGUUGGCAUACUUUCACACCACAAGGGAAGAGUCAAACAGAGCACUGAGUGUAACGUGUGUGACUUAUCUGUCUUUCACUGAUCUCGAAGCACAAGUCACGGUAUACCAUGAUAUUAUCACUCCAAACAUGACGAUUUUACAGGACGCCGUUACGACCCAGUCUUUGAUACCGAGGGCUUCACAGUCAUCGAAUUUUCCGGCCAAAGCCGCCAAAGCCGCUUUCAUGUUUCGAAAGUUCAACGGAAACAAUCACAGUAAUAUUGACUAUUCUCAAUAUAUACCAAAGCAUGGAACUGCCGACCAGCAGUUUCUCGACAAGUAUCGGUUGAUCGCUUAUCUGAAAGAAAAUUGGCUUUCACACACUAAAGACUUUACAGAGGAGAGUUGGAGAAUGGGCGUCUUGUUCGAAAAUCUCCUCUUCAAGAAACAACCCACCUUCUCCAUCAAACCCUGGGUCAAAUUUUCUUCUGGGGAGUGUGCCAAGAUUGUACCUUUGUGCUGGGCUCUGGCCGAAAUACACCUACCCUUACUGAAGAAAGUCUUAGCAAAUGAUCAGAGAACUUCUGAUUACAUUGGCGAGGCAUGUUUGCUGUUUUGGAACACCAUAGAAUAUCACGAAGUGGAUGGGAAGCGAAGAGGAAUCGACAUAUCAAAUCAAAGUCUCAAAGUAUUGGAAAAUCGUUCUCUCGAAGAAGUAUCGUCGAAAACGGACUGUCUUUUCUGGCUCUAUAGCGAGAUGAUAAUCGCCUGCAGAGAAGGCAAUACUGAAAUUCUCAAUACAUGUGUUGAGUUCAUUGAUAAAACCCUGAUACCUGACUUUGUUGGGACUGGGACAUGUCCAACAUUGUGGUCACUUGUGUUUUCACAUCUUCAAUUGGAAGCAACCAUUCAUGGCCAUCUUAUGCUUGUACAAGAAUUUCAGCUAGAUAUCCAACUCUGCGCAUGGGUAUCUUAUGAGUACAAAGGAACUUAUUUCAAUUCUUUAGAACGAGCAAUAGGUCUCCCGUGCGAUGGAAUAACCGAUUACUUGUUGACGCAAAGCUGUCCAGUAUCAAACAAAGCUAGGCUUGUUGCUAUUCAAAGCAGAGAUCUGAAAGCUGCUGUUGAGUUUGGUGACUCUGCAAUAUUAAUGCGCUUCCUUGUGUUCCUGGAUAGGAGUGAUUGGGAAAGUCAUGGCUCAUCUCCAUUUUUUGGCAUCGAUGAUCAGUCCUACAAGCAAGAUGUCAGAAAAUGUAGGCAUGAAAUUAUCGUGACAGCAGCUUCUUUAGGUCUUUACAGUUCUCUUGAUAUGAUACUUGGGUAUGAAUCACACACAAAUUAUGACGAAGAAAUAAUUGAAAGAAAAGUCGCCUUUUCGGCAGCGAUAAAAUUCUCGCAACUUUAUAUCAUUCGGUAUUUACUUUUUACUGAUAGAUACGGAGUAUCAUACUAUUGGCUUCAGUCAAUACCUUCUCGAUCAAAUGAAGCUGAGGACGGAGGCCCGAUUCCUCUCAUUGAGUAUAUUGUCAGAAAGCCAGAGAUUCCCCAGGAACUCAAACCAUCGGUUAUUGGUUUAAUGUUCGAUGCUACUGAGAAGGCUGAUAGAGUCCUGGAUAUACCUAACUGCGAACAACUAGAUUGGCUUUUAACACAGGCAAUUGCGAAAGAUAUGCCUCAGAUGGUCAUCCGCCUCGGCGCUCGCAAGCUAUUUUGGAGAAAAUAUGCAGCUCAAGACUUGCCAAAUCUUCCUCAUGAAAUUGAGGAGUAUCUCUGGCCUUAUAGCCAUGACCAUGAAAAGCUCAAAGCGACCGUUCCGUUGGUAUGGGCUGUCAUCUACAAUCGUCCCCAAGUUGUGGAAGCCUUGCUUUCGGAGCCAUUACACCCGAGCCAUGCUUACGACAUACUCGAACUUGCCACAACAUGCGCUAUUAUGAUGGAUUCUGUAGAACUAUUUUCGCUACUAGAGGAAGUUCGGAUUUCUGAAUACAAUACCAAGACAACUGCAUGGGGAUGUAAACCGAACUUUUUUGCAAAAGGCGAUCUACUCGACCGGGCUUUUGCACGGGGCAGGUAUGGUCAGUCGAAGACUUAUUUGAAAGUUGCGCGCUAUAUAGGCUCUUGGGCUCUUUGGCAUUGGAGAGGUAAGAGCCCGGAUUCUACAGUAGUAUUACGGGAGAAUCUCAAGAGAGUAACACCAGCAGAGACAAACGAAUUUCCGAUCGAAAACUGUUUCGAGUUGCCCGCAUGUAAUGAAGUAAUGGACAUUCUUCCGGGAAAAAGGAUACAUCGCCUUCCAGAAGCCGGUUCCUGUCGCAUUAGGAAUUUCUGCUUUUAUCUAGAGGGCCCAUUUGCAUUUUCACGUUAUCCAGCACAGCAAUCCAUUUUCCAAGAAGAUUCAAACUACACCUACACCUCCGACGACAAUACCAUCAUGUAUGAAUAA